AUGGCUACGCUCAAUCAAUGGUUCUCAAGUAUAGAGGAUCUCGGCUCAAUCAAUGACAAGAUCAAGGCUUUGGAGGCGGAAAGAGAAUCGCUCCAGGUGAAAUCAGAUCCAAAUCAACAACAACAAAAUGGUGGUAAACUGGAAUCAAUUGGUGUAAAUGUCCAAGAAUUAUCAAAACAAUUGGAAUUCUCGAUUGCUAACUCAGACGUUGCUACUAUCGAUGCAUUGAUCAUAGGUCAUGGUGAAAUACCCUCAUUGAUUGCUGCUAAGAAUUUGGUUUUAGAAAGACAAAGGUUAUUAAAUUUGAAAAAUCAACAACUUAAAUCAUCAAAAAUUGAAGAUAGAUUGAAUCAAGUCAUUGAUUUCCAUUUUGAUGAAUUGAAAUCUAUAAAAAAUGAGUUAUCAACAGUGGAAGAUUCAUCUCUCCAAAAUUCAUUAUAUGAAAAAUUAGAUUCUUUAGUAUUAUCAUUAAAACCACAAUAUUAUAAUUUAUUAGUGGAAUCAAAUGGAUCUUCUAAAUGGUUAAAUUCUGCUUCAGUACCAACCAAGUUAUUAACAGAUUUCCACAAUUUACUUGAUUUACAAUCAUUACUUCAUAAUCAACCAAUCUAUCCUGAACCUUUAUGGUCAUUUGAAAUUUUAUCAAAAAAUUUCCAAGUUAGUUUUGACUAUCAUUUCAAUACUCAAAAAGAUACAAAUAGAAUUGAUAGACCUGAAUUGUUUUUUAACUACCUAACCAAUUAUUUAUCAUCACAUUUAAGUAAAGUUAAUAAAAACUUCACACUUCAUAAUACAAGUUAUUCAGAUAGGUUUUGUCAUUCAGAAUUUAUAACUGCAUUAUUAAAACCAGUUAAUUUGAAAUUUCAACAAAUUCUAGAAAUCCUUAGAGAUCAAUUAGAAUCUUCUAUAAGUGAUGAUAAAGUCCAAUUAAUGAUUCAUUUAAUUAAAGAAACUAUAACUUUGGAUCAAACUUUAAUUCGUGAUUUUUAUUAUGAUCCAUUAGGUGAUGGUCAAUGGCAGGGAAUUUUUGCCAAUUUUACAUAUAAAGAUUUAGAAUAUUGGUUAAAUUAUGAAUUAAAAUUAAAUUUAAAUAAUUAUGAAUCAAUAAUAAAUUCAUCAAAAAAUUUCCAAAUUGAUUAUACUUCAGUUGAUGAUGUUCAAUUAAAACCAACAGUUUCUUCAAUUAAAUUAAAAUAUUUAUUAGAAAAUAUAACAAAUAAUUUCCAUAAAUUUUUCAUUUUAAAUUAUGAAUAUAAUUCAAAUUUAAAAAAAUUUAAAUUAAAAUUUUUUGCAAAUAUUUAUUUGAAAAUUUUAGAAUCUUAUUAUGAAAGAUUAAAUGAUGGAUUCCAAGCUUUCAAUGAAUUAUUCAAAAAGACAAGAUCUGUGUUACAACCAAACAAAAAUUCAAAUGAUAUUGAUAUAUCUGGUACAAAUGGUCUCGAAAGAUUAUUUAGAAUAUAUUGUUCAUUGAAAUAUAUCAUAAAUGCAUUGAACUAUUGGGAAAAAGAAUAUAUUUUUAUACAAUUAAAUCAUUUAUUCAAUGAAUAUUCAACAAAACAUACACAGUCUCUCUUCACAUCUAUAUUAUCAGAUUAUAAUAACUUGGCCAUCAAAACCAUGGAUUUAAUAACAUCUUUUUAUUCAAAAUCUUCUAUUGCAUUAUUGAAAAAUUAUAAUCAAUUAAAUGUUUGGAAUGAUAGAAGUUCAAAUUCACAACCAACAGAAUUCACACCACAAUUAGCAAGUUUUAUAAAUACAGAACAGGAUUUAUUACAAUUCACAAGUAAUAUUGUAUCAAAUACAGACUAUAUAAUCAUUAAGAAUUCCCUUUCAAAGACAAUUGCAGAUUUUUUUUUCCAAAAUAUUAUAAAAAGUAAUCAUUUUAGUCAUAAAGGUAUAAAACAAUUAGAAUUAGAUUUUAGUAUUGUUUGGGAAAAAUUACAACUUUCUAAAAAAUUCCCCCUUUAUAAAAAAUUAAUUGAAGGUUUUUUAAUAAUGAAUUUAAAUGAUGAUCAAAUUCAACAAUUUGGUCCUUUUAAUACUGUGUCACAAUUUGCUAAAAAUGCAAAAUUUGAUGUAUUAAGAGACUCAUUACAAUUAGAAUAUUUAAGUGAUGGUGAUCUUUUAGAUUUGUUAUUAAGAGUACAUAGUUGA